AUGUCACAAUAUAUGGAUAUAUCAGGGAUACAUCUAUAUUCGAUCAACGGGUUUCCGAUUGUUUACAUAAACCAGAGACGUGGCAAUAAUAAUCAUCGUUCUAGAAGCAAUGUUAUGCAUAAAUGUAAAAUUUGUGAAUGGGAAAUUGACGCUGCUUCUUCUGCUUUGUUCUGUUCUAUGGAAUGCAAGUUUAGGAGCGUUCUUGGGUCACAACUUGAUGAGCUGAUGGAAAAUUCAUCAGAGGUUACAGAGAUUUCAGAAGAGAUUGAUGAACCGGUGAUGAAGAAACGACAUAGGAGAAAAGGGAGUCCACAUAGAGCUCCAUUCUUCUAG